AUGGAGGUGUGUGACACCAUUGGUCUGGAAACCAUCUCAAUAAGACAGUGGUUCAACAUACAGAAGGCCUAUGUCAUCCCAGGGGUCAGCAGUGCCUGGACAGUACACAAUGAGGCUGUACUGAAUGCCUUAUGCGAUGAGCCGCUAAUCGUGUCAGGAGACUCCAGAUAUGAUAGCCCGGGUCACAAUGCUUCAUAUGGAACCUACUCGCUCAUCGACAUCAAGUCAAAGUUGGUGGUGGCACAGGAAACUGUAAAAGUCACAGAGGUGAAGAACAGCUAUUGGCUUGAGGUGGAUGGUCUGGAGAGGUGCCUUUCCAAGUUGGGAGAGUAUGAUAUUACCAUAUCUGUUCUGGCAACCGACUGCCACCCAUCUGUGCAGAAAGUCAUGCGUCUGGAACAUAAAAGCAUACAGCAUGAGUAUGACCUCUGGCACAUCGUGAAGUCCGUCAAAAAACGACUGCUGCAGUGCCACAACGAGGACUUGUUUGAGUGGAUCAGAAUGAUCACAAAUCACUUCUGGUUUUGUGUCACAACAUGUGAGGGAAGUGUGACAAAGUUAAAAGAGAAGUGGAUCUCAAUCCUGCAUCACAUUACAAAUGUGCACCACUGGGUGUCUGGUGAGACAAUGACCAAGUGUGAGCACCCUACCUACACUCCUGAAGAACAGAGUCAGCGUCCAUGGCUCCUCCCUAGCUCUGCUGCCUUUCAGCACCUGCAGAAGAUAGUGCUUGACAAACAGCUCCUGAAGAAACUGGAAAAGACUACACUGGGCAUUCACACGGGACAGCUGGAAAGUCUCCACUCCCUGUACACAAAGUACGCCACAAAAAGAAAAAAAUUUCUGAGGGAGAGUUUGGAGGCACGUCUGCGUGUUGCUGCACUGGAUCACAACAAUAACGUGAACAGGGAGAUAGCUACAACAAAGGAAGGUGAGGAGCAACAUAAGCACCAGUACUCCAAGGCUGCUCAACAGUAUGUGGUGACCCCACUGAAGGUGGACAAGGAUUAUACCUUCAGGAAGAACAUUGUGGCAGGAGUGAUCAAAAGGUGCAACUCAACAUCCAUCCGGGCAGCAUUGCAGGAGCUGAAAACUGAGACUCUUAUCACCCUGGCCCAGGACAAAGGUGUGGAAAAACCAGACAAAGCUCUGUCUGUUGCCAAACAUCUGAGCAGAUUUGCAUCCUCACAGCCCCGCGUACUCAAAGCCACGAUAUUCCGCAGCCUAACAGCCCUAAUGGCGCUGACGACACAGGCUGGAAUCGGGAUCCGGUUCUUCUUCCCCAAAUGGCCCCUGGCCCAAAAGAUGGAUAGACUUAAGUUUAAAAGUGCAGUAUGGAAGUAUUACACUCAACCAACACCAGAGAAGGCAGUCUGUAAUACAUGCAAUGAAGGUGUCAGCAUGGGAGCAACAACAGGGAAAAACAAAAAUACUUCAAAUCUGUGGUCCCAUCUUAGGAUUCAUCACCCUGAGUUGUAUGAAACAGCACAGAAGAAACAGGAAUCUGAAUCUCAUCAGGAUGAGGCAACUUCAUCUCAGCCAACAAUAGAGGACAUGUUUCAGAAACAAAGAAAGUGGACAAGUUCAGAUGACAGGUCGAAACUAAUGGACAAACUAGUCAUAGAGAUGAUAGUCACUGACAACCAACCGUUCACGGUGGUGUCAGAUGUUGGCUUUAAGCGCCUCAUGGCUACAGCAGAGCCACGAUAUGCACUGAAAAGUGAAAAGUAUUACCGAACUGAGAAGCUGCAAGAAGUUCACCACAAGAUUGUGGAAAAGAUCAAAGCGCUGAUUCAACCAGAGAAUGCUGGCUACUCUCUCUCCUUCACCACAGACUGCUGGUCUGGUGUGACAGAGUCUCUCAUGAGCCUGACAUGCCAUUUCAUCGGCGCUGAAUGGACAAGAAAGCAGGUCAUCUUAAAUACAAGAGCGAUGCAUGGGUCCCACACUGGGGAAUACCUGAAAGAGACAUUCCUCAAUAUGCUUGAGAGGUGGAAGAUAAGUAAAGACCGUGUAGCACUAGUGCUUCGAGACAGCGGAGCAAAUAUUGUGAAGGGAAUGAGGCUCGCUGAACUCCCAGACCUCAGCUGCACAGCCCACACCUUGCAACUUGUGGUGAAUGACGGUCGGGCAAGUCAAAGAGCCGUCACAGAUGUCAUUGCAAUACUUAAGAAGUGUGCCACACAUUUCCACCACUCCAUUCUGGGCAAACAGCGCUUGCGAGACAUUCAGAGGGAACUUGGCCUGCCAGAGCACAACAUAAUCCAGGCUGUUCCAACGAGGUGGAACUCAACGCUCCACAUGCUGCAAAGAAUGCUGGAAUAAAAGCGUGCACUUACCAUCUACUGUGGUGAACAUGGAGGAUUUGCAGGCCCCACUGCUCACCAGUGGGACCUUGUGUCCAAUUUAAUUGAAACUCUUCUCCCAAUAAAGGAAGUGACACUUCAGGUGAGCCACAGCAACUCAUCAGCAUCCUGCAUCAUUCCAUGCCUGACUGUGCUGAAGAUGCUUCUUGAAGAUGAUGAGGGGCCCUCCACAAAAGGCAUCAGAACGCUCAGGCAAGCCAUGAGGGAGAGCCUCGACAAGCGUUUCUCAAAAGUAGAAGACACAAAAACUGUGGUGCUGGCCUGUCUCUUAGAUCCUCGUUAUAAGAGUCAUGCAUUCUCCUCUCCCACGACAUUGAGCAAGGCCAAAGGAUGGUUGAAAGAGGAAGAGGACGCUAAUGACGGAAACACCCACAAAAGGCAACGGAGAGAACACGCAUCCUUCCGCAGCCAUGUUGAUGAGAUGUUCAGUUCUCUGCUGGCACCUCACGCUGGUGACCUGCUGGCCAGUAGCUGCAUUGAGGAUGAGGUACAUCUGUAUCUCAAGGAGCCAGUGAUCGACAGGCGUAAAGGGGACCCACUCCAGUGGUGGAGACAGAAUGAAGGGCGCUUCAAGCUACUUGCGAAACAAGCAAGAAAGUUUCUUUGUGCACCACCCUCAUCAGUCCCAAGUGAGCGCGUCUUCAGUGAAGUCUCUGCAAUUUAUGAGAGCAAAAGAAGCCGUCUCACUGGAGAGCACGCUGAACAACUCUGCUUUUUGCACCACAAUCUGGUGCUGCUCAAUUGGGACUACUAA